CACAUGUGUGCUACACGACUCUUCCAUUAAAACCCAAAGUCACGAGUAGACCUUUGCACAAACCGCAACCCAUCGCCACCGUUCUCCGGUAGCAACUAAUCGCCGAACAGCCAUGAACACCAUGCAACGAAGUGGAUCAGGUUCGUUACAGAGCCCUAGAUCUCCAUCUUCACAAGCGCCGUUUUUAUCAGUAUCAGUUACGGAUCCAGCUAAAAUGGGUAAUGGAGUUCAAGCUUAUAUCUCCUACAAAGUCAUCACUAAGACAAAUUUGGCAGAGUACCAAGGGAAUGAAAAAAUUGUGAUUCGACGUUAUAGUGAUUUUGUAUGGUUACACGAUCGGCUUUUUGAGAAAUACAAGAGUAUUUUUAUUCCUCCACUUCCAGAGAAAAGCACUGUAGAAAAGUUCAGAUUUAGUGCAGAAUUUAUUGAAAUGAGGCGCCAAGCUCUGGAUGUGUUUGUAAACAGAAUAGCUUCACAUCAUGAACUUCGGCAAAGUGACGAUUUGAGAAUCUUCUUGCAGGCUGAUGAACAGACAAUGGACAGAGCAAGGUUCCAGGAGACUGGUAUUUUCAAGAAAAAGCCUGCAGAUUUGAUCCAAAUCUUUAAGGAUGUCCAAUCUAAAGUGAGUGAUGUUGUUCUUGGGAAGGAAAAGCCAGUUGAAGAAUCAACCCCAGAAUAUGAGAAGAUGAAGAACUACAUCUUUGAGCUUGAGGAGCAUUUAGCUGAGGCUCAAAAGCAUGCAUAUCGUCUUGUCAAGAGGCACAGAGAGUUGGGCGAGUCUCUCUCAGACUUUGGAAAGGCAGUCAAGCUUCUUGGUACUUGUGAUGAUGAUGCCCUUGGAAAAGCAUUUUCAGAACUUGGGGCAAAGUCUGAGAUAAUAUCAAUUAAGCUGCAGAAAGAGGCCCACCACCUUUUAAUGAACUUCGAAGAACCUUUGAAGGAUUAUGUUCGAGCAGUGCAAUCUAUUAAGGCUACGAUAGCAGAGAGAGCAACUGCAUUCAAGAAACAGUGUGAACUGGCUGAGACAAUUAAGUUUAAGGAAAUUGAUUUAAAUAAAUACAAGCUGACACGAUCAGAGAAGUUGGCUGAGGCUGAGCGCGAGUAUGAAAUGCUUAAGGCUGAAGGGGAAGAAACAUCGAGAAGAUUUGAUACGAUAGUAAGGCUUAUGAACGAAGAGAUUGUCCGAUUUCAAGAACAGAAGACAUCAGAUAUGGGACUUGCUUUCCAUGAAUUUGCUAAGGGACAGGCGCGGCUAUCUAAUGGCAUAGCAGAUGCAUGGCGAAGUCUUCUUCCCAAGCUUGAAGCUCACUCUUCAUAGUAAUUUUACGACAAUAUGAAGACGGACUUCAGCACGAUCUGCUCUCGACGUUGAGAGCAUGAAUGGAAAUUGUUGCAUUCAGUUUGCAAAAAAGGGUGUUGCUGCAGCUUGGUGGUUGUAUGAACUUUUAGUUAGAUACUUGUGGAUCUUGUACAGCAGCAAAGAGAGGAAAAAAAACUGAGAAAAUAGCUUCAAAUUAAUUUCUUUUUAUCUGACAGGCAAAAUAAACUUGUUUAAUUCAUAAUUUAUUUUAUCUUCCUCGUCCUUUCGAAAAAAUCCCAUUUUCCAUGUUUUUAUAUUUGGAUUCAGAGUGAGCUAUGAUUCUAUACUAUUAGCUAAACUCUUGUUUGCAACAAUAUUGCUUGUAUAUAUAACUUUAAGAUCACUUUUAGGGUUCGUUUGGUAGAGUGUAUUAGGAAAAAUAAUGAAUGCAUUAACUUCUUGUAUUAGCAAUA